CUCUUUCGGUGCUCGACUCGCCCGUGCUGCUGCGGCCGCCGAAGGAGGGGCAAAGCUCAAGAUGGCGGACAAAACGCCAGGCGGAUCUCAGAAGGCCAGUUCGAAGACCAGAUCAUCAGAUGUUCAUUCAUCUGGAUCUUCAGAUGCACAUAUGGAUGCAUCUGGACCCUCAGAUAAUGACAUGCCAAGUCGGACACGACCUAAGAGCCCAAGAAAACAUAAUUAUAGAAAUGAGAGUACCCGUGAAAGCCUUUGUGAUUCUCCUCAUCAAAAUCUCUCAAGACCUCUUCUAGAAAACAAACUUAAAGCCUUCAGUAUUGGAAAAAUGAGUACGGCUAAGCGAACUUUAAGUAAGAAGGAGCAAGAAGAAUUAAAGAAAAAGGAAGAUGAAAAGGCAGCUGCCGAGAUAUAUGAGGAAUUUCUUGCCGCUUUUGAGGGGAGUGAUGGCAAUAAAGUGAAGACAUUUGUGCGUGGAGGUGUUGUUAAUGCAGCUAAAGAAGAACAUGAAACAGAUGAAAAAAGAGGUAAAAUUUAUAAGCCCUCUUCAAGAUUUGCAGAUCAAAAAAAUCCUCCAAAUCAGUCAUCCAAUGAAAGACCACCAUCUCUUCUUGUGAUAGAAACCAAAAAACCUCCACUGAAGAAAGGGGAGAAGGAAAAGAAAAAAAGCAAUUUGGAACUCUUCAAAGAAGAAUUGAAACAAAUUCAGGAAGAGCGUGAUGAGAGACAUAAAACAAAAGGCAGGUUAAGCCGAUUUGAGCCACCUCAGUCAGAUUCUGAUGGUCAGCGUCGUUCUAUGGAUGCGCCUUCAAGAAGAAAUAGAUCAUCUGGUGUUCUUGAUGAUUAUGCACCUGGCUCACAUGAUGUAGGAGAUCCAAGCACUACUAAUUUAUAUCUUGGAAACAUUAAUCCACAGAUGAAUGAAGAAAUGCUUUGUCAAGAAUUUGGAAGAUUUGGACCAUUAGCCAGUGUGAAAAUUAUGUGGCCUAGAACUGAUGAAGAAAGAGCAAGAGAGAGAAAUUGUGGCUUUGUGGCUUUUAUGAAUAGAAGAGAUGCUGAAAGAGCUUUAAAAAAUUUAAAUGGAAAGAUGAUUAUGUCAUUUGAAAUGAAGUUAGGUUGGGGUAAAGCUGUGCCUAUUCCUCCACAUCCAAUAUACAUUCCGCCUUCUAUGAUGGAACAUACGCUUCCCCCACCUCCAUCAGGACUGCCUUUUAAUGCGCAGCCUAGAGAGAGGUUAAAAAACCCCAAUGCUCCAAUGUUACCGCCACCUAAAAACAAGGAGGAUUUUGAGAAGACUCUGUCGCAAGCCAUAGUCAAAGUGGUUAUCCCAACAGAAAGGAAUUUGCUCGCCCUGAUACACCGAAUGAUAGAGUUUGUUGUACGUGAAGGGCCAAUGUUUGAAGCUAUGAUUAUGAACAGAGAAAUCAACAAUCCUAUGUUCAGGUUCUUAUUUGAAAACCAGACACCAGCCCAUGUUUACUAUAGGUGGAAGCUUUAUUCUAUUCUGCAGGGAGAUUCUCCGACUAAGUGGCGGACAGAGGAUUUUCGUAUGUUCAAAAAUGGAUCUUUUUGGAGGCCACCACCAUUAAAUCCAUACCUGCAUGGGAUGUCAGAAGAGCAAGAAACAGAAGCUUUUGUAGAGGAGCCAAGUAAAAAGGGAGCACUUAAGGAAGAACAGAGGGACAAAUUAGAAGAAAUCCUGCGGGGGUUAACUCCAAGGAAAAAUGAUAUUGGAGAUGCAAUGGUUUUCUGUCUUAAUAAUGCUGAAGCUGCCGAAGAAAUAGUGGAUUGCAUUACUGAGUCAUUGUCCAUCUUAAAGACACCCCUCCCCAAAAAGAUUGCCAGAUUAUAUUUGGUUUCUGAUGUUUUGUAUAAUUCUUCAGCCAAAGUUGCCAAUGCUUCAUAUUAUAGAAAAUUUUUUGAAACAAAGUUAUGUCAGAUAUUUUCAGACCUCAAUGCUACCUAUCGUACAAUUCAAGGCCAUUUACAGUCUGAAAACUUUAAGCAACGGGUAAUGACCUGCUUCAGAGCAUGGGAGGAUUGGGCAAUUUAUCCAGAACCAUUUUUGAUCAAACUACAAAAUAUUUUCUUAGGACUUGUAAAUAUUAUUGAAGAAAAGGAAACAGAGGAUGUACCAGAUGACCUUGAUGGUGCCCCCAUUGAGGAAGAGCUUGAUGGUGCACCUCUAGAAGAUGUGGAUGGAAUUCCUAUUGAUGCUACUCCCAUUGAUGAUCUUGAUGGGGUCCCUAUAAAGAGCCUUGAUGAUGAUCUUGAUGGAGUGCCUUUGGAUGCAACUGAGGACUCAAAGAAGAAUGAGCCCAUAUUUAAAGUUGCCCCAUCAAAAUGGGAAGCUGUAGAUGAAUCUGAAUUGGAAGCACAGGCUGUAACAACUUCUAAAUGGGAGUUAUUUGACCAGCAUGAAGAAUCAGAAGAAGAAGAAAAUCAAAAUCAAGAAGAAGAAAGUGAAGAUGAAGAAGAUACUCAAAGUUCCAAAUCAGAAGAACAUCAUUUGUACUCUAAUCCAAUCAAAGAAGAAAUGACUGAGUCCAAGUUCUCUAAGUACUCUGAAAUGAGUGAGGAAAAACGAGCUAAACUUCGUGAAAUUGAACUCAAAGUUAUGAAGUUUCAGGAUGAAUUGGAAUCUGGAAAAAGACCUAAAAAACCAGGCCAAAGCUUUCAGGAGCAAGUAGAACAUUACAGAGAUAAACUUCUUCAACGAGAGAAAGAGAAAGAAUUAGAAAGAGAACGAGAAAGAGAUAAAAAGGAUAAAGAAAAAUUGGAAUCUCGAUCCAAAGACAAGAAGGAGAAAGAUGAAUGUACUCCAACAAGGAAAGAAAGGAAGAGGCGACACAGCACAUCCCCUAGCCCAUCUCGCAGUAGCAGUGGUAGACGAGUGAAAUCCCCUUCACCCAAAUCGGAGCGAUCAGAGCGUUCAGAAAGAUCUCAUAAAGAGAGCUCACGAUCCAGGUCAUCUCACAAAGAUUCUCCUAGAGAUGUUAGCAAAAAGGCCAAAAGAUCACCAUCUGGUUCGAGGACACCUAAAAGGUCUAGGCGAUCACGGUCUAGAUCCCCUAAAAAGUCAGGGAAGAAAUCCAGAUCCCAGUCCCGAUCUCCACACAGGUCUCAUAAAAAGUCAAAGAAAAACAAACACUGACAUAAAUUUUUAAGAUGCUGUCACUUAUUGGAAAUGCAAUUUUGUUUUGUGCCUGAAUGGUCUGUUUUUUUAAAAAAAAAAAAUAACAAAAAAUCAAAUGAAAGAGCAUUCCUGGAUUUUUUGUUUAUUUGUUUGUGAAUGCAUGUGUAAACUCAUGAGUAACUGCAUCUGUAGACCUGUCCUUGUUUUAUAUUGUAUAAAUUACUUUUGUUGUGGCUGUUUCUGAAGAUGAAAUUUUUAUUGUGCUAAUGAAUUUCAUCAGAAAUGUGUAUAAUGGAUCUGCUGGCAGUAGUAGUAUUUUGUUUUAGGAUGUUGUGACUUAGCAAAAAUAAUACAGAUGUCUUCCCCCUUUUGUAGCUUUGACAAUUUGAAUUAGAUUUCAAAUAAAAUCUGAACAGAAAACUA